GCAGCCAAUUGUAUAAACAUUUUAACCGCAAGGUAACCACGUUAUCGCGGUAACCAGACCGCUUACCAUGGUUAAACCAUUUGUAUAAACAAUUUACAAAAAAAUUACCACGCACUUACCGCGGUAACUUUUUACCCACCUAUGCUAGCUGGGUAACUGCAUUUUAACCACAACAAACAUGGCGGACGUUCAUAUGGUCAGACAUCGUAGACCUCGACUUUUUCGACGAGUCGACAGACAGGAGACGGACUUAAUGGACGACGAAGUGCGCCGAAGGUAUAGGUUUUCGACGGACAACAUUGACCGACUUGUGGGACUGUUGGAGCCAACAUUACGAAGACGGACGCGACGAAACCAGGCACUGACCAUUCGACAACGGAUCAUGUUGACUUUGAGGUUUCUCGCUUCCGGGGCUUUUCUCCAGAUAAUAGGAGACACCUUCGGCGUGGACAUUGCAACUGUGUCCCGAGUUGUGACCGACGUGACGAACAGCUUGUUUGCACUUAAGGAUAUGGUGAUAAGGUUUCCCGUGACUGACGCUGACAGACGACGAGUGAUGACGGGUUUCUUUGAAAUGAGAGGGUUUCCGGGCGUUAUAGGCUGUGUCGACGGCACACACGUCCGUAUCAUUUCUCCCGGUGGUCCAGAUGAGCCUUCCUUUGUGAAUCGAAAAGGGUUUCAUUCCCUCAACGUCCAGGCAACUUGUGACCACAAAGGGAUGUUUACAAGUGUGAAUGCAUGUUGGCCUGGAUGCUGCCAUGACUCCCACAUCUUCCGAAUGUCCAAGCUUGGACAGCAUAUGGCCAAUCACCAUCAAGAUCCUGAACGUGGAUAUCUUUUAGGAGAUAGUGGGUACCCUUGCAGGCCUUUCCUGCUGACACCGUUCCUUCAGCCAGAGUCAGAAGCUCAGGAAAGGUACAAUGCUGCGCACAUCGGCACCAGGAACAGUAUUGAAAGGGCCUUUGGGGUUUGGAAGAGAACCUUUCAUGUCCUCCAUGGUGAGAUAAGAAUGAAGCCUGCCAAGGUCACCCGCAUCAUUAUUGCCUGUGCUGUGCUCCAUAAUCUACGGUUGAUGUGGGGAGAACCAGCAGUGGAUCCAGAACCCGUAGAAGAGGUUGCCCAGGGAGAUAUGUUUCAGGCUGCAACAGAUGGGAGAAGAGUUCGAGAUACAAUUGUCGAAAAUUACUUUUCUUAGGUUAUUAACAGAUUAAAUGUAAAUGUUUUCAUUACAUUUGUGCUAAUAUAUCUCUGAGUCAUACUGUAUGACUCAGAGAUAUAUUAGCACAAAUGUAAUGAAAACCCACUUUAACAAACAAGGACCCAAACUAUCAGUGUAUUACACUGAUAGUUUGGGUCCUUGUUUGUUAAAGUGGGUUUUACAGCCUUAGAACAACCAUUCAACAAUAGAACAAAAUGUAUUAGUUCAUUGACCACAUAAUAUUUGUGAAUAAAUUUUUAGGUAAUAACCUCAUUUUGUACUCACUCAUUAU